CAAACUUCACAUAAUCAGUGCCAGACAGAAAAUAUUUCUUUCGAAAACAGGUAAAGUAGAACAGUUUCAAAAUCAAAUAACACUACAAUGUUAUCAUUUCAAACAUAUAGGGCUGAUUAAAGAAUAAUUCAUGAAGAACUUUUUCCUCCUGGGACUUUGUGCUGUGGUAUUUCAAUACUCACAAACGGCCACAGUACCAAGCAGUGAUGUGUAUAAUUGUGAAAGUGGACAAACAGGAGCGCGAACUACAUCAUGUGGAAUGUGCUCUAGUGGACAAAUUCCUUCAUCGGAUCGACUUAAAUGUUUCAAAUGCCCAGAUUUCUGUUCAAAAGGAAAAUGUACACUGAAAACUGAUGUAUCAAAUGAAAAUGACGCAACCUUAUGUUCACAAUGCAUUGAACACUAUUUUCUGGACACUGGAAAAUGCGCAGAAUGUUCAACUGGAUGCAAAAACUGUACAAGUGCAACAUCAUGUCUUGACUGUUACUCUAACUAUGCUAUGAAUGAUGCCACUAAGCUAUGCAUUCCUUGUCCAUCUAACUGUGUUAAAUGCACAUGGAAUUCCGCCACUUCAAAUGUUGAUUGCGACACUUGUGCUGAUAGAUACAUCAAAAAGGACACUGGCUGCACAUCUUGUCUAUCCUACUGCAAAUCUUGUACUUAUAACAAAGACACUGGUGUCAGUUGUAGUUCUUGUGACACAAAUGCAUACAAGGAAAUAACCAAUAAUAUCAACACAUGUAAAUUAUGCUCCACCGCAAUUUCUGGUUGCAACAAGUGUUCUGAUAAGGAUACCUGUACUGAAUGCAUGUCUAAAGCCUAUGCUUUAACAACAUCAAACAAAUGUGAAACAUGUAGUUCCAUUCAUUCAGCAUGCACUGAAUGUGAUGCCAGCAGUGGCACCAACAAAUGUAAGACCUGUAAAAGUGGCUAUUAUCUUAAGGAUGAUUCCUGUUCUGUCUGUCCAAGAAACUGUGACACCUGUGAAGAAACAAAUAGCAUUGUCAAAUGCACGAAAUGUAAAGUUGACUACACAGUAGUUGAUCCAAAGACUUGUGAUAGAUGCCCUGAUAAUUGUCUUGAAUGUGAAGUUUCUGGUAGUAAACUGGUGUGUAAAUCUGGCAGAUGUGCACCAAAAUAUGCUCUAAACUCGGAUAACUUAUGCUCAAAGUGUCCUGAUAAUUGCAAGGCGUGCUCUUGGAGUUCAUCAAAUUCUAGAACAGAAUGUAGUGGAACAGAUGCAAGUCAUUCAUGUGUUGAAAAUGAAGGUGGUAAGUCAUGGGGAAGAAAAAGUGAUGGAAAAUGUAUAGCUUGUCCUGGAAAUUGUUUAAAAUGUUAUUUCAAAUCUUCUUCUGCAUCUUCACCAAUUUGUUAUGCUUCGAAAUGUCAAAAGGGAUUUGCUUUUGAUGAUGAUACUGGAAAUUGUGUUUCCUGUCCUUCUGGGUGUGACUACUGCAAAAAGAGAGAUUCUACUAUAACAUGUCUCAAGUGCAGUGCAAAAUAUGCACCUAAAUAUAAAGUAAAUAUUGCAGCCAUCGAUUCAUGUAUGUCAUGUUCAAUUUCAAACUGCGACUAUUGUGAAGUGAUUGGUGACAAAGUGGAAUGUUUAAGAUCUCCUUGUGCCUCUAAAGCAACCAAUUCAAAUAACAAAAAGUUUUCAUUUUCAAGUAAAACUUGUGCUACAAGUUGUCCUACUGAUUCAAUGUGUGAAACCAAAAAAGUUAAUGAUGAAAAUGAAGCAUGUUUUUGUAGAUCUUGCCCUGACGGAAGUGCUGUAAUUCUAGCAGGAGCAAAUGCCGGAGUGUGUAAAUCUUGUGGAACGGACUGUGAAGACUGUCAACUAUCAGCUGACAAGAUGGAUGUUGAAUGUAAAUCAUGUAAAGGUUCGAAACAAUGGGUAUCAGUUGAAUUAUCUGGAAGUGUGAAAAAAGGAUGUUAUGACUGCACUGCUGCAUCACCUCAAUGUGAAGUUUUGGAAGUUUCUGGAAGUACUUGUAGGUGUAAAUUAGAUAAAUGCAUUGGCGAUAUAUCUUUAGACCCUCUUCGCUCUGUUAUACAAGAGGCUACAUCAAAGCAAAGAUGUAAAGCUUGUGUGGAGGACAUUCCAAAUGCUCUGUGGUGUUCAGGCACUUAUGGUUCACCAUUCACACUUGGUGCUUGUCAAUACGGAUAUAUCAAGAAAACUGGUGCAGACACGUGCAUACCAAUUCCUAGUGACUGUAAGAAAUAUACCGGCGAUGCAGCUGGGCCACCAGCUGCAGAACAUGCAACAUGUACUGAAUGCUUAAAAGGAAAAGUGGUUUCUUCAGGUGCUUGCACACCAUGCCCUUCUGGUUGUUCUGAUUGUAAACCUGUAGGUACUAACCCAGUAAUAUGUACAGCUUGUACAGAACCAAAUAAAAUUGGAAUUGACUGUCUAACGCCAGAAGCUACAUGUACUCCUGCUACAGUUGAAAAUUGUGAUACAAAGUGGGCAUCAGUUGCUCACCCAGCACCCGCUGCAGCUUGUAAAUGUAUUAGAUGCACAGAUACAUUUGCAGUGGGAACAUCUGUGCCUAAUACAAAUAAUACAAUCGGAGAUUGUGCUCCUGGUACACCUGCUGCUCCCCAAAUAACUGAUUGUUUACAACAAUUCAAUAGUCCAGCUGGAAGUGGUACCGUCCAUUGCGUAAGAUGUGUUGAUGGCAAGGAAGUGGUAGGAGACACUACAUGUGCUUCAGUUACUGGGUGCAAAAAUAAUUAUUCAUUUGGAGGACCCGCUGCUGGCUGUUUAAUAGCUGAUGCAGGCAAAAUGAUGGACGAUGGAUCAACAAACACAGUUAUUACAGUUGAUUCUGAAGCUUUAGCAUCAGGCAACUGCAAAGGAUAUUUACCAGGUACGGGAUCACCUACCCCCGCAAAUAAGGGCCGAUGUGGUGGUUGUGCCACUGGAUUUACUCUAGAUUAUUCUCCAACAAAAUAUGACUGUAAAUCAUGUACUGUUUCUGAAUUGGAUCAUUGUACAUUUGCUGUAUCUUCAGGAGGUACAUGUAUGUGUGGAAGAUGUACUGAUGAUGCAGGAGGAAAAGUAUACCACAAACAUCCUACAUUACCAGGAUGUACAGAAAAUGAUGCAAUUACUGGUUGUGAUACUCACACAUUGAAACUUAAAAAUGGAGCAUAUAUAGUAGCAUGUGCUAUCUGUUCAGGUACAAAUGUUUUGGCUGAAGAUGGAUUGUCUUGUGUGGCUUGCUCGAAAACUUGUACUGGAGGAAUCAAAGUAGUUGCAGCUGGUGCAACAUCAUGCACAUGUGAUUGUAGAAGUGUUGGAUUCGAAAAUAGUGCUGGAGAUGAUUGUAUUGCUUGUGCAACAAACACAAAAACAGGAUGUUCAGAGGUACAACUAAAUGCAGAUUCAUGUGAAUGCCAAACAUGCAAUGCCAAUUUUGUUAUGAAAGCAGAUAAGUCAGAAUGUGUUGCUUGUAACACUGGUCCUGGUGGUGCAACUUCCAACUGUAAAAACUGUAACUUAGAUAAUUCUAAUCAAGUCACAGUUUGCUCUGAUUGUGACAGUGGAUAUGCAUUACACACUUCUUCAACACCAGGAACUAAUCCAUCAUGCAUGGCAUGUGGUACAGGAUGUGCAACCUGCACAGUAGAUACAUCUGGAGCUUCUGCUACAACUGAUAAUAAAUGUACAGUUUGUUCAUCUGGUUAUGCUCUCAAUAAUGUAGGGCUUUGUAUUCAGUGUCCUACAUCACCAGAGGCCUGUUCCGAAUGCAGAAUUGAUCCUGAUGAUCAAACAAGAACACUAUGUCUAUCAUUUGGAUGUGCAGCUGGUGCUCUAAGAGACAGCAAUUUUAAUUGUGAUUCAUGCGCCUCUCUUACUGGUUGUGAUAUUUGUGUUAAACAAAUUGGUGAUACUCUGAAAUGUUUGAAAUGUAAUACUGGAUAUUAUAUGGAUAGUAAUAGUGUAUGUCAGACAUGUGUAUCUGGAUGUGAUUUCUGUGUAGAUGGAACAACUUGUAUCCCCAAUGGUUGUAAGGACGGAUAUAUCAGACAUAGAACAGAAGGAACUUGCAUACCUUGUACGGGAAGUGGAGUUUCAAGAUGUGCAUAUGAGACAGCAACAAGUGACGACCUCAUACCAAAGAUAUGCGAAACAGGAUAUAAUUUGAACACUGCUGCUUCACCAGUAGAAUGUGAAAGAUGUGAUCCCAAUUGCAAAAGCUGCAAAACAAAUGGAAAGGACAAAUGUGACUCAGGACAAUGUAACUCUGAUUAUUUCUUUGAUUCUAGUGAUCAAAGAUGUUACAACAAUAAAGCUGGUUGCCUUGCUUCAACUAGAAGUAAUGGAAAGAUCACUUGUUCAUCAUGUAAUACAGCAACUUCGGUACUUUCCAAUGGUGAAUGUAAAACAUGUCCUACUGGUUGUAGUGGAUGUUCAUUUGAUGCUACAACAAGCCAAUUUACUUGUUCAUCAUGUAAAGCACAAUAUUACAAAACAUCUGAUAAUUUGUGUUUGCCUUGUCCAACUGGUUGUAGUGUCUGUUCACUCAAUGGUGAAGCAGUGGAAUGUACAAGUUGUCUUGCAACAUAUGGUUUGAAAGGAACUUCAUGUGAGUUAUGUGGCAUUGGAGAAUGUCAAACAUGUUCUGUUCCAUCUGGUGGAAGUGGUUUGGUUUGUUUAACAUGCUCAAAUAAGUUUUAUUUGAAUAGUGAUGAUUGUGGUCAAUGUCCCAAAUUCUGUAAAGAAUGUUCAUAUAAUCAAAAAUAUGAAUGUACAAAGUGUUAUGAUAGAUAUGCAAAGGCAUCAGAUGGAACAUGUGUACCGUGCCCAUCAAACUGUGAAACAUGUACAGCCAAUGCAGAUAAGACAACAAGAUGUACAAAGUGCAUAUCAAAGUCAUUUUCUUUAAAAACUGAUGGAACUUGUGUACCAUGUUCAGAAGCUGCUUUUGCCAAUUGUGCGACUUGUGGACCAACUCCUUCAGGUGGAAAAGCGAAAUGUGAUAUGUGUAGUGAAGGAUUUACUUUACAAGAUGAUAAACUAGCUUGCGUUUCAUGUUCAAUUAUCGGAUGUGGAUUAUGUACUCAUGGUCGAAUAUGUUCGAAAUGUAAAUCAGGAUUCUAUUUACAUAAUUAUGACAGAGAAUGCGCAAGAAAAUGUUUUGAAUGUAAAGGAAAUCAGGCAGACUGUGGAAAUGAUAUAUCUUCUACCAAGAAUUCUACUGAUAAAGUGAAGGUAAUCGACUGUGGAAUAGGUGAUUGUUGGGCAUAUAGAACAGAAGUUUCAGGAACAAUAACAUUUGCAAGAGGAUGCUCAAAUGAAACUUGCACAUCGGCUAAUGAGAAUGAAAAUUGUAAAACGGCAAAUGGAAAGAAAGAAUGUGUACAGUGCUGUAGAGGAGAAAGAUGUAAUACUUGGGAAUUAGAUGGUAAAGCAGGCGUGGCAGGAUUAUUUGCAGCCUGUUUCAUUAUUGCUGUGUCUUGUAUUCUAUCCAUUUUAAUCAAUUAA